AUGGCGGCGGCCGGUGUGGGCGGCGGUUCCAGGUCCGGUUCCGGCUGGAGGGCCGCUCGUCCCCGUGCACCCAUCACCGGAGGAGACCAUCGGGACCAUCGGCUGCGGGAUCCACACGAGGUUCUUUGCAGCACUUGUCGAAGCGGCUUCGCCGCAGCCCGGGGUCUCCCAGUUGAAAUUCAUAAUCGGAAUCCCCCUCAUGAAGCAUGUUUUUCGAAGACUGAAGAUUCCAGAGUAGUACUUUGUCCUGAUUGUGAGAGUGUCCAUAUUCUGAAGUCAGGAUUUCAGAACGAACUGUCACGGCUGGAAUCUGUGAAGCAGAGUGAUCUUGUCAGCUGUCAGCCACUGCUUCCCCAUAAAGAGCCUGAGAAGGAAAUGGCUAUUCGGUAUCUUCCACCUGUGUUACCCAAAGAAUCAAGAGAAGUUUCUGUUGUAGUUUGCCAUGUGAAUAGUCCGGGUGAUUUCUACCUUCGGCUGGUUGAAGAUUUGGAUUUUCUACUUUUCCUGAAGAUAAUUAAUGAUGCAUAUAAAAACGAAUAUGAAGGAGAAAAUCUUGAAAUCCUUUGCCCAGUCGAGGGACAAGCCUGCGUAGCUAUUUUUGAAGAUGGAGUUUUGUAUCGGGCAGAAGUCAUUGGCUUCCCAGGACGUGGAGAGGUGGAAGUUAAGAAUGUUGACAUUGGCCGAACUGCAAGGAUAGCACUUCAAGACAUAUAUAAAGUAAAGGAUGAGCUUUUGAGUUUCCCACGAAAGGCGAUUAAAUGCACACUGGCCCAUAUUGAACCCUCUACCAGGACAGGGCCUUGGAGUACAGAAGCCAAAGAAAAAUUUGAAGAAAUGAUUUAUGGCAGAGUUUUGAUUUGUUCAGUUGAUAGAAUUUUGGAAGAUAAUGUGCUGUUAGUUGAACUGUUUCCUUCACCUCGUGUUCCUGGAAUGAUGGCCAAUAGUGUUAAUAGUGAGCUGGUUAAAGAAGGCUUAGCAUGUUAUGAUCCGGGGCAAGUAUUAAGUUUAUUCUUUUGUCUAAAGGAAAUUUUUCCCAAUUUUCUCUUGGCCACAAAGUCAAUACUGGAUAUCUGUUUAAACUACAUCCUCUCAAAGGAUGUGCUGUCAUCCUUCUGUUUCCUUGUUUUGCAUACCCUGUCAUUAUAUAACACCCUUCCUGUUGGAAAGUUCUGGUCUCCAGAUGCAGUGGAACUCCUUCGAGAAUUACUACUGCCCAAGAGGGAGGUCAAGAUCCGUAACAUGGCAUCUCCAGAACAUCCAGUGGGAAUGUUAUCUGUUCAUCUCUAUUUUGCUGGGAUGUCCCUGUCUUAUUUUAUGGCACACCAUAAACACUGCACCCCUGAAGGUUCAGAAGAUGGAUUGAAACCAGAGGUAGAGAAUCAGGGUGAAAAUUCUGUGGAGAAAGAUUGGAAGAUCAGUUUUGGAAGUUGGAAGAUCAGUUUUGAGGAGUUGCAUCGGCCUGAAACAAAGAUCCGUGUUUUACCACCAUACUCCUUGUUAUCUCUGCCUUCUCCAGGAAAGCAUUUUGCUGUUCAAGUUAGGCACCUCGUUGUACCUAAUGAGGUUUACGUUUGUCCUGAACAAGGAGACAGUUCAAGCCACAGCCAAGGCGCAGAUGAGAGAAAAAUCAGCUGGAACUCUGAACCUGAGAGCCUGGAAGAAGGACUGCAGCACUGUAAUCGGAGUGCAUCAUCUCUUCCUUUUCUGACUGAUUUUAAGACAGACAUGCCUUGCCUGGCACAAUACAGUGAUGGCUUGUGGUAUAGAGGAAGAAUUAUUUCUGCUACUGAAUUUGAUCCUCUCGCAGUGUUGGUACAAUUUGUUGACUAUGGGACUCGGCAAAAAUUGUCAACAGGCAGGUUACGUCAGAUUCCUGAUGGCCUCAUGCGCUAUCCAGCCCAGGCUGUCAAAGUUACUUUAACUGGGUUUAAACCUCCUAAAAGUGAUUUAGAAAAAGUAAGAAUUCCUUACUGCCCCAGCUGGAGCAUGGAAGCAGUGUGGGCUAUGGUAGACCGUCUUCAGGGCAAACGACUUCAGGCUCUCACUUUGAUUCGGACACCUGAGCCCAUGGUGGUUUUAUAUGACGAUGAACGAAACCCAGUUUAUAGGCCAUUGGUCGAUAUGGGACUUGCAGAUCUAGAUGAGUAAUGGAUUCCUAGUUAACAUGGUGGAGUUCCGGGAGAAGGUCCGAAGAAACAAAAUACAUCUUUCCUGUCAAACCGAUUGGUGUGUGUCCCGGUUAUGAGACACGUGAGAUGUUCUCUGAAACAAGUAAUGUAUGUUGAGUUUGGAACUAUUUUCAGACGUUCACAAUAAAUGUUGCUUUUGAGUCUUCAGUUAA